CCAAAGCAGCAUUACUACACCUAGCCAAUAAAGAAAUACAAGGAGGAGCAAGACAAGCAUGGUUAGUGCCAAGAGACUUGCUCAGAUGGCCAAGAAGUGGCAGAGGAUGGCAGCCAUGGGGAGGAAGAGCCUCACCCUGACCACGACAGCGGCGAAAGGAGCAGCCAAUGAUGAGCGCUGUGCAACUUCGCCGUCGGUGGCAGUGAAGGGCCACUGUGUGGUGUACACCGCCGACAGUGUGCGGUUUGAGGUGCCGCUGGCAUUCCUCGGCACGGUGGUCUUCUGCGAGCUCCUGGCGAUGUCCCAGGAGGAGUUCGGCUUUGCAGGUGGCGAUGACGGGAGGAUCAUGCUGCCCUGUGAUGGCACGGUCAUGGAGUACGCCCUGUGCUUGCUCCGGAGAGAUGCCUCCACGGAAGUUGUGAUGGCAUUCAUGAGCUCAAUCGGGAGGCCGUGCAGGUUUGAAGGCAGUGUGGUGGGCGUAGGGCUUUUAACCAGCAAGUAG